ACACCUCCCCACUGAAUAGACCACUGACUUCACCCAAUUCAGCCUUUAGUUAGAUCUCUCGGUCUGGUCCCACCCAUAUGUGAAGAGCUUUUGUCACAAGUGGAAAAAAAAACGUCCUUUUUGGAUUUUUUUUCCCCCUGCCUCCCUCCCUUCUCAGCAUCAAGUGCAGCCAGAGCCGAGCGUCCCAGCCGCGACUUUCUCUCAGCCUCUUUGAAGAAGCAAUGAGGAGAAGGGAGCCUUCGUCCUGCUGAUACCGGGACGUCUGGGAUGCAGUAACCCCGCGUUUGUUUUCCAGUGGGAUCAUAUUUGUAUAUUAUUCGGGAAGACAAACAAUACAUUGCGGAUUUUGGCGUAUCCAUCAAUCGGAUGCAAGCAGAUCCAGGCCCAACUUAACAAUGGGCCCCAUACCCCUGUGUGUCCUGCUUCCGGUGACGGUACUGGCUGUGGUGGUGGCUGUCGCUAGUGAGGAGAAUACAGUCAAUGAUGAGUAUACCUGGCCGCAGUGGAAGGUGCCUCUGGUAAGAAAAAGACGUACUGUGCCUCUCAGCAACCCAAACUUCGCAGCCCAUUCUCAGGCGGAGCUGAGUGGGAUCUGUGGGAUUGAGUGUCAGCGUCGCCUCCCUACCACUUCUCUGGAUGACCUGGAGCAGUUCCUGUCCUAUGAGACAGUUUAUGAGAAUGGUACACGCACGUAUACCUCAGUUUCUGUGCAGGGUCUCAAUGAGAUGGCUGACUGGUCCAGAAACAUCUCGUCUAGCUCCCGCCACAAACGAGAAGUGUAUGGUACAGAUACCCGCUUCACCAUUUCUGAUAAGCAGUUCUCCACCAAAUAUCCCUUCUCCACCUCUGUGAAGAUCUCCACAGGAUGCUCUGGAAUUCUUGUGUCACCUAACCAUGUGCUGACCGCUGCCCACUGUAUCCAUGAUGGGAAGGAUUAUCUAGAUGGGAUGCAGAAGCUGCGUGUCGGUAUUCUGAAGGAGAAGUCCAGACGAGGGAGAGGAGGCAAAGGCAGAGGAGGGCGAGGAAAGGGCAAAAGGAGAAAGGGAGACAAAGAUAAAGAGGAAGUGCAGGAAAAGGACCAGAAUGGUGGGAAAGGGGACCGCAAAGGAAAAAGGAAAGGCAGGAAGAGCCGGAGUCGGCGAAGUGUGGAAUCAGAGAAACCUUCGUUUAAAUGGACCAGGGUUAGGCACACUCUGGUGCCUAAGGGCUGGUUCAAAGGUGUGUCUAAUGGUCUGGCUGCAGAUUAUGACUACGCUGUUCUGGAGUUGAAGAAAGCUCCAAAAACCAAACACAUGGAUCUGGGUAUUAUCCCUUCGCUCAAGAAGAUCCCUGCUGGGAGAAUCCACUUCUCUGGCUUUGAUGAUGAUCGGCCCGGCAACCUGGUGUACCGUUUCUGCUCUGUCUCUGAGGAAUCCAAUGAUUUGUUGUAUCAGUACUGUGAUGCCAAACCUGGCUCUAGUGGCUCUGGGGUCUACGUCCGCCUCAAAGAGCCUGGCAAGAAGAAGUGGAAGAGGAAGAUCAUUGGGGUUUUCUCCGGUCACCAGUGGGUGGAUGUAAACGGGGACGGGACGCAGCAGGAUUACAACGUGGCGGUUAGGAUAACACCUCUCAAAUAUGCCCAGAUCUGCCACUGGAUCCAUGGGGACUCAAGUGAGUGCCAGGUAGCCUAAGACAACACAGGAGUCCCCAUUAACCAUCAACCCUUUCCAUCCCUCAGACCGACCUCUAUACCUACUCUUACCAUCACCAGUCAUUAUUAACCGGGGGCCUACGACUGCCUCUCCCUGCCUUCCCCUGCCACGCUGAUCUACACACACACCCAACCUACAAACAGUCAGACUGACUCUGUGUUGACAGCAACCAGGACUCAUCAGUGCAUCAAGAGAACUGUGGCUCGUCAGCUUUUCUAAUUUAUUUGCUAAAACAUACAAUUCGGAAAAAAAUGUAUGCAUUUUCAGAUCAUUCUGGUCGGCUUCUAUUCCUUUUAUUCCUCUCUUUUCAAAGAUUUGACAUUUAUGGAUACAGUGUUGGAAAGUGUGUAUAUUCAAAUGUCAAAGAGCAAAGUCCUGGUACAUUUGUCUUAUAUUCCAUUCAGGCUGUGUACACAGAAACUUGCAUUUUAAAAAAGUGUUCUCUUCCACUGUAAAGAAGAGCGUGUGUAUUGGCUUUGACAAAAGACCUAGGAGAAAUUCAUUUAACUUUUGUUUUACAAAUGAACUAUACGUACAGUAGAUAUUGAUACUGUUUUAUAAACACUUUAAUUGAACAAUCUGGCGUUUGCAUUGUGUAUAUCAUGAACAUUGUUAUUUUUACAACUACUUUUUUAAGAGUUUCCUGUCUAAAUAGAGAAAGGGUCCUUAUGGGCACUGUAUAGAAUUUUUUUGUGAGUCUCAUCAUCUUUUCUCUGUUCUUGCAACACAAUGAAAUGAUGGCAAAUGUGAUUUCAUUGUUGUGCACAUACUUAUAUCGGUGUUUAACCAGAAGACAUGGUGCUAAUUUAUGGAACUGUAAACGUUUUUGUUUUUUUGACGGGUGGGAGUGGGGGGAGGGGGGGCUUCUCAGAAUAUAUUUUGAUAGCCUAGUACUGUAACUAUGUAUUUAAUAUGAGGCUACAUAUUUGAGUUGUUUUAAAAUGGGACUGAAACAUUUACUAAUUUACUUGAGCUGUUGAGAUCUCUAAUUGAAAGGAUUAAAUGACAUAGCAAAAUAUGUUGUGAUAUAAUAACAAA